AACCGAUGGACUUUGCGUCUCAACCCAAUCCCAGUCCCUGCCCGUUGCGCAAUCUUGAUCCGGUUUGCAGCUCGCCUUUGGGACGGGAACCCUUCCCAGCCCCCCCCGCUUCCUCUCCACACCAACAGGAAGAGGCUUCCCAGGGAUUUAAUUCCUGCAAGGAGCCCGUCCCGAAGCGCACAGCCGAGGAGAGUCCACAACCUCCGCGCAGGAAGCGCGAACCGAAGGCAGCGCAGCCACCGUGGGCGCUCUGAGAAGCCCUCCCCGGGCAAGCAGAGGCCCCUAGCUCACCGCGAGUGCGCCCGACAGCUGCUUCUCGCGAGGAGACCGCAGGGUUUCGGGGCUCUGGGAGAGGAGGGAAGAGCCAUCUUUCUGCUCAACCAGGACGCUGGGUUUGCCUACUUCCUUUUCUUUCUUCCUUUUCGAUUAAUUUCAUUUAAAGGUUUACAAAGAACAUACAAGCUCACACACACUAAUAGAGAGCAGAAGUAGCCAAGAAGAAGAAAGGAAAAAACAGAAGUGCAGAAAGAAAGAAGGAAAAGAAAGAGAAAGAAGCUGUCAGGAACAGAAAUGACCUUUUAACAAAGCUUCCUGAUGUUUAACACUUCACAAGGCUUUCUGAUCUUUCAUGAUUAGGUUUGGAACCGGAAUGUGCUUAAGGAGGGGGCCACAUCAAGCCUGAGAACUGGAUAGCAUCAGCCUUUGCAAACGCUUGAGAAUAAACUUUGCCUUUCCAAAUCCAAGAAGGACUAUUUGUGCAGCUUUGUCUCUCACAACUGGGGGCUCAUCCGGGAUCCUGAAAUGGCGUUCGGUAAGUCCGGGGCUGCAAGCCCUCUCCUGGGAGGCGCCCACUGAUUUCAGUAGCCGAGGGGGAGCUGUAACUUUGGAUCCCGUCGCCCGUUAAAGGUGGUCUGGAUUGGAAAUAGUGGUUCGGAAGGGCAAACUGACUAGGGUGAGUUCCCGACCAGCAUUUUCCCACCAAAAACGUCCGAGACCUGAAAAUCGUGCACAAGACCAGCAACUCCUGCUGCCUUGCUGUUGGAACUCACAGAAACAAGUCUUUCCCUUGACACGGUGUGUGUGCACAACCUGCGUCUGGCUCUCGAAGGUGUGCUAAGAAAGCCAGGACGUGAAAAUUGCUGAAUUUGAUCACUUUCGGAAAUUACUUGUUAACUGCUUUUUGGCUAGGAAAAGGAAGGAAUCUUUGGAACGAUGAGUCUGAAAGCACCAGAGAAGAUGGCUGAGGCUCCGGUGGGCUCUGAGAAGGUGACCGUGUUCCGCCAGAAAGGGAGUGUCACGUAUCGCAUCCCAGCUCUGCUCUACCUGCCCUUGGAGUCCACCUUCCUGGCGUUUGCAGAGGAGCGCUCCUCACCCCGAGACGAAGACGCCAAGUUCUUGGUGAUGCGACGCGGGCAGAGAGAGGGCACGUCUGUCAAGUGGAGUCCCCAAGAACUUCUAAGUACAGCCAGUUUGCCAAAAUACCGCACCAUGAAUCCUUGCCCCAUCUACGAGGUGAUGAACAGCACCGUUUUCUUGUUCUUCAUUUGUGUUCUGGACCACAUCACAACACAACAGCAGAUCCUUACAAGCAGGAAUGCUGCCAGGCUGGGCUACAUCUUCAGCAAAGAUGCUGGACGCACGUGGAGCCCAAUGAUAGACCUGACUGAGCAGGUGAUUGGAGACAACCUGAGAAACUGGGCCACUUUUGCUGUGGGACCAGGCCAUGGAGUGCAGUUGAGUUCUGGGCGGCUGGUCAUCCCAGCCUAUGCUUGUUGUAUCCAAAGGCAUUGCUUGGGGCACCCGCUCUUCUGUUGCACCAAACCUCACUCCUUCACCUUCUACAGCGAUGAUGGUGGGCAGACUUGGCUGAAGGGCCAACUUCUCAAAACACUGCAGGCCUCGGAGUGCCAAAUUGCCGAACUGGUGGACCAGAACAAUAGCCUAGUGUUAUACUGUAAUGCCCGCAGCUCUGACAAAUACCGGGUUGAGGCCUUCAGCAGAGAUGGUGGAUGCUUCUUUGAAGACUCCUUCCAGUCUCCGAAGCUGCAGGAGACCUCUCAUGGCUGUCAAGGUAGUGUGGUGAGUUUUCCUCCGCUAGAGCUGGGGGCUAAGUCUCCCCUUGCCUCCUCAAAGAGCCCCAAGUCGUGGUUGAUCUUCUCCCAUCCCACCAACCCAAAGAAGCGUGUGGAUCUGGGCAUCUACCUGAACACCUGCCCGAUGCAGAGAGACUCCUGGAACUGCCCCUGGGUCUUGCAUCAAGGGCCCAGUGGCUACUCAGACCUGGCUGUUUGCCAAGGGGAAGACUCACUCUUCUUCGGCUGCUUGUUUGAGUGUGGAGAGUCGUUGUCCUAUGAAGAGAUAGCCUUCCAGUUUUUCAGUGACGCAGAACUCCUGAAGACUCAGGAUGAAUACUCUGCAGGAAAGAAUCCCCCCCCUAGAGGCCAUGCUCACGCCUGUGGGACCAAUUAGCACGAAAGAAGGAUUAAACUAUAGACUUUACAUGAAGCAUUUAUCCCAAUGGAUUUACCUGGAGUAUAUUGAUUCAGUUUGCGAUGUGCAGGUUUGCAGCCCCAAACUCUGUCCUUCCUGUUGCACAGGUCACCACAGGCCUCUUGCGCAGGAUACGAAUGUGUCAUGUUGGCUUGUCCCAGAUUGAUCAGUGAUGCCAUGAUAAUUAGGGAAGGGUGGAGAGAUUUCCUGGCUCUUUUUUCUCUUUUUGGGUGGUUGGUAGAGCCACAUUUAUAAACGCAUUAAGCCUCAGAGGCUUCUGUUUGCUGGAGCAAUUACAAGUAGUCCUUGCUUAACAACCACAAUGGGGACAAGACAAUUUCUUGUUAAGUGGGGCGGUUGUUAAGCAAGUCGUG